GCAUGGUCAAUUUUAUCGCCAAGUUUGCACCGAACAUUUCAGACGUCACCGCACCUCUGAGAGAACUCACCAAGAAGAACGUUGCAUUCCACUGGCUCGAAACACACGAGAAAGCGUUCCGAGAUCUACAGAAUUCACUAACUGACCCUGCUACUCUGCGUUACUACGAUGUAGCAAAACCAGUGACACUCCAAGUCGACGCUUCACAGAGAGCUGCUCUAAUCCAAAACCAAGGUCCAGUAGCUUAUGCAUCGAAAGCCAUGAACGACACUCAACGACGCUAUGCACAGAUCGAAAAGAAACUGCUGGCUGUUGUUUUCGUCUGCAAAAGAUUCCAUCAGUACGUUUAUGGUAAAACCAUUACUGUCGAAAGCGACCACAAACCUCUGGAAGCUAUUCUCAAAAAACCCUUGUCACAAGCACCGAGUCGCCUCCAAAAAAUGUUAGUGUACAAAAAUGUUAAUGUACAUCGCUGAUGCGCUGUCACGUGCAUUUCCUCCUGAGAUAAUACCAGAGCAAUUUGAAGAAGACAUCGCUUCGAAGCGAUUCAUCCAUCUGCUGUCAUCCGAGUCUUACGUCACUGACCGGAAACUUCAAGCCAUCAAAGAUGAAAUCCAUACAAACGAAACAAUGCAACUUUUGGUCAAACAGAUACAAGAUGGAUGGCCAGAUCAUAAGAUACUGGUUCCAAGUGAAGUACAACCGUACUACCCAUACCGCCAAGAACUGACUACCGAAGGUGGGCUUAUCUACAAGGCCCACAUAUCCUGUUCCACAUAUCCUCAUCACGCCGGUGCCAACCAACAAGAACCACUUCGUCCACAUGAAAUUCCCAGUCGACCCUGGCAAAAAGUCGGCACUGAUCUUUUUGACUGGAAUGGAAAACCGCAUUUAAUAGUCGCUGACUAUUACAGCCGAUACCCCGAAGUUUCUGAACUUUGA